AUGGGCCGUUUGUUCAUCCCGCGAGAAUGGCGACUCGCGCGCUAUGUCUGGCUCCUCAUGAUGCUCGAGUUACCGAUCACCGUCGCCAAUCUUGCGCUGUUCGGUAUUGCGUCGCCAAAUCUGUAUCGGACGAUCCUAUGGAAUGAAGGUGGAAAGAUGGGCUUCAACUCGGAUUCGUCGACAAUCGUCUACGCAUACGCAAACUACCGGCCUCUGAAAAUACCGUUGGUUUGGAGUGGAUUCAACACCCAAUACCACCUCGUAAUCGGUGUAGUAUGCAUGUUCUUUUACCUGCUUAAGGCCACAAUGUGGCUGCUCCACGUCUUCCUCCCCAUCUUCUCCGUCCUCCUCCACAUCCCCCUGCUCGCCAUCUGGGCAUACGGCAUCCACAUCCAGACCUCGCCCGACACCAUCGACCCCCAGCGCAGCAAUCCGGGCGCCCCCUGGUACAUCACCAAGAACUGCAACAUCGUCGAGGACAAGACCGUGCGCGCGUACUGCAUGCAAGCCAAGAGCAGUUUUGCCGUGAGCUGCAUCAUGCUCUCGACAUAUGCGCUCUUCCUCGUGAUCUCCGUGUACAGUCUGUACCCGACCAAAUCCGCGCUCGAAGCCCACCGCGCGCGCCAGGCAGAGAAGAAGGCCGAGAAGGAGAAAUGGGCCAGCACGCCCGACGGUUCCAACGAAAUGUCCGCAGAGGAACAGUGGCAGCACAUGUGGGAGCUGCAGCAGCUACCUCGCACCCCCGGCGCGGCGAACGCCAUGUACCUCAAGAGCCCUAUGACGCCGCGUACGCGCGCGUUUGGCGAUCUGGAAGGCGGACAGGCGGGCCACCAGCAGCAGGAGGCUGAACCGCAUCCGAGCUGGGUCGCGCAGGCGCAUGGCCAGGCGCAUGGGGGGCAGCAGAGUUGGUAUGCGGGGCGGAAUGAGCAGGCGGGGUUUGUGCAGGUACAGCAGGUUAGUCCUGUGGCGGAGCAGGAGGAGUAUCAGUAUGGGCAUGAGGUGAAAGGGAAGGGUGUUGGGUUUGCGCAUUGA